AUGUCGGCUUGCUUCGGUUAUGUUCCUCUCACUAUAUUCGUACCGGCUUGGCUAUUGGCAGAUAAAAAUCAUAUGUCAAAUAGAAGGAAACAAAGCUCUUCCUGUUUGGAUGUGGUGGCUUACGUAGGAUUAAGAGUCCCGAGCGAAUGGAGACAGAGUUUUUUGAUGUGGUCGACCUCGUUCCAUCUAUGCAUACAAUACUGGAGGUUGAAAUACGAAAGAGAAGACAUUGCAACACGGCUUGAAGAACAUUAUAAGAUAGUCCUGGAAAUCAAGGCAAAGUAUCAUGAUGCUUUUGCCCCAGCGUUGAGGUACGACAUAAUUCAUAGAACAAAUGUAUUCAGUCACACGUUAGCAGAUGGAUUACUAUCAGAUGUAGGAAUGAGAAACGAAGAGUUAGUAGAGCAAGCAAUUACGGACUCGAAAGCCAAUAAGGACCAUUGGUAUUUCGACAACCCGUACAUCAUAGGUGGAGCAAUGGAGAAUGUCAACCCAAUGACGGGAAGGUACCAAGUGGGAUGGGACAUGAUCUCAAAUGCCUACGAGCAGAUCACGGCUGUAACAGGAGGUCAAAUGUUAUCGCACCUAGCUCAACAAGGUCGAAAUUAUACGCAACCACCCAACGGCCAAUUCUUUCUCGAGAAUAACACAGGUCAUAGUCACGGGAAUCAUGGCCAGAGUGAUUAUGUCAAAGCAAGUGGAAGUGGAUUCUAUAAUCAAAAUCAAGGAGUGAGAGGAAAAGGUAGAAGAGGGAGAGGUGUUAGUAGGGGAGUAGGAGGAAGAGGAGGAAGUGCGAGAGGAAGCUUCAAUUCAGGACCUACUUCUACGGUGAAUGGAGUCGUAGUUCCGAAGUUUGGACCCGGAGCCUUUGAGGCGAUGAAGGCAGCGAAGCAGGCAGGUGGAAGUGGAAGUGGGAACGGAGCAGGGACUCAGUGA